AUGCGGAGCAGUCAACUUGCUAUUGAGGACCCUGCAACUGGAGAGAUCUUUGCUCAUUGCCAUGCGGCAUCGACCGAAGAUGUCGAGAAUGCCGUGCAAGUUGCACAAAAGGCCUUCAAGUCUGGUGUCUGGUCAAAAGCCCCACGCCACGUCAGAGCAGACACGCUCGACACGAUGGCAGACCUUUUGACAAAAAAGAUGCCGCAUUUGAUCGAGCUUGAAGUGCGACAGACUGGCAGAGCGAUCCGAGAGAUGAACGCGCAGGUGCCGACGCUCGUGAAGUGGUUCAAAUACUACGCCUCGCUCAUCAGGACCGAAGAGCGAUCAGUUCUGCCGACCAUGGGAAAGCUGCACAACUGGGUAGAUCGCAAGCCUCUUGGUGUUGUCGCACAGAUCACACCCUUCAACCACCCCAUGCUUAUCGCUGUCAAGAAGAUUGCACCUGCGUUGGCCGCCGGAAACUCGAUAGUCCUGAAGCCAAGCGAGCUCACACCUCUCACCAGUAUCGAGCUGGGAAAGCUGUUCAAGGAGGCUGGUCUGCCUGACGGUGUAUUCAACGUGAUCACAGGAAACGGUCUUACCACAGGCAAAGCGCUUGUCGAACACCCUCUGAUUAAGAAAGUUGACGUGACUGGUGGAACGCCUGCCGGCCGCGCUAUUGGUGCUAUUGCAGGACGCAACCUUGCGCACUACACUGCGGAGCUUGGAGGAAAAGCUCCUCUCAUCAUCUUUGAGAAGGCGCACACUGAUCUCGCAGUCAACGGCGUCGUAUUCGCAAGCUUCAUUGCGAGUGGCCAGACUUGUGUCGCAGCGACCCGCAUCAUUGUGCAGAACAGCAUUAUCGGUCAGGUGGUCGAAAAGCUGAAGAGCAAAGUACAGAGCAUUGAGCAAAGGAUGGGAUCCCCCAAGAACGUCGAGUCGAUGAUGGGACCUCUCAUCUCCGCAAAGCAGCUUGCGAAUGUUCGGACUCUGGUUGACGAUGCCGUAGAGUCAGGCGUAAAAGUCGUCACUGGUGGUCAAAGAAUGACAGGAACCUCAUCGCUGGACUCAACAGAUUUCUCCAAGGGCUACUUCUUCCCGCCCACAAUACUGGCGGACAGCGCAACAAAGAAAAUCGCCGAUACCCGAAUUUGGACAGAAGAGGCUUUCGGCCCUGUCAUCGUAGUCGUCGGCUUCGACACUGAAGAGGAGGCGCUCGAUCUUGCGAAUGAUAGCGAGUUCGGUUUGGGUGCAGCAAUCUGGACGCAAGAUCUGUCCCAGGCUUUCAGAAUCACAGAGAACAUCGAAAGCGGCAUUUGCUGGGUCAACACGCAUCAUCGAAACGACCCCAGCAGUCCGUGGGGCGGCAUUAAGAGCUCGGGUGUUGGGAGUGAGAACGGUGUUGAUGCGUACCAUGCGUAUACUACAGCGAAGUCUACGAUUAUCAACUAUGCUACCGCGGAAGAAGGUCUGGCGACUGAUGACUGGUUCAGGGAGGGCACGGGCGAGGUCAGGUAUGGUUGA